CAAAAAUUAUUUAUUUUCUUUCCAAAUAGGUAAAGAAAACAAAUACAUACACAAGUACCAGAUAGUGUUGUAGAAUAAAGAUACCAGUGUUCUUAAUGACAGAUAACAAACAACCUGGUUAUUUUGCAUCAAGUAUAGAUGUAACACGGGUUAAAGAGGUAACUACUGCUCAGAGCUGUGAAGUAUCUGAGGUUUUAUCGGCUGAUAUUUUAAGUGUCUGUAAAGACGAACCUGAUAAUGAAUAUAUGUGUCCGGCGAAACACGAAGAUAGAUACUGUAUAGAAGAAAGUGAGGAACUUACCCCAGAAAUAAGUAAAGAAGAAAAUCUCUUAGGAAGAGAGCCUACCAAUACUGUCGCGUGUGAUCGACGUGGAAGAUGUUUUUCCUCAGAGCAGCUUUUAUUGCAGCACAGACACAAGUUAGAGCAUUAUGAAUAUUCCUGUCAACACUGUGAUUAUGCAACAGAUGUUGCUAGUAAAUUGUCUGACCACUUGUUAACUCAUUCAGAGGAAAGAUCUUUUGUGUGUACUAUCUGUGGUAAACAAUUUGUAGAAAAGGGCAGCUUAAAGAAGCACUACUUAACUCACACUGGUGAAAAACCUUUCGGCUGUGAUAUCUGUGGUAGACGAUUUACUGAACGUGGUAGCCUAAAGAAACAUCAUCUCACCCACACCGGAGAGAAACCGUUUGGUUGUGAUAUCUGUGGUAGACGAUUUGCUGUGAGUAGCAAUUUAAGAAAGCACCAAUUGAUCCAUACAGGUGAAAAACCUUUUAGUUGUGAUAUCUGUAACAGAAGAUUUAUUGAAAAUAGAACCUUAAAAACACACAUUUUAGUCCAUACAGGAGAGAAACCGCAUUGUUGCAAUGUCUGUGGUCAAAGUUUUACAAAAAGUGGAGAUCUGAGAAGACACGAGGUAAUCCACUUAGGAGAAAAACCUUUUAGUUGUGAUGUAUGUGGGAAAAACUUCACACAUAGUAGAAGCUUGAAAAGGCAUCAGAUGAUUCACACCGGAGAAAAACCUUUCUGUUGUGAUGUCUGUGGUCGAAGAUUCUAUCAAAGUGGUCAUUUAAAAAGACAUCGAUUGAUUCACGUUGGAAAGUGAUAGACACUCUUAUGUUUAAGACCUGAAACUUCUGUUAUACAAUUAUGUGAUGUUUUCGUAAUUGGCAGAGUCGUGCCGAUGUCUACUUGUAAUUUAUGAUUGGUACUUGUUAAUGUGUUCAGUUACAUUUCAGCCUAUAAAAGUUAUUUAACUUCAAAACUAAAGCAGCUACUGGUUCAAAUUAAAAUCAUGAAAUAAAUUUGUGCUUUUGAAAAAAUAAAAUGUCAUUAUGAUUUA